AUGCACAAAAAGCUAUCGAAGCCAACACACAAGCAGUGGUUGGCUAUCCGAUGCCUUUGUGUAUUGUUGGGCCCAUUUGAGUCGGUGUCAAGACCCCUGGACGGACAGUUGUAUCCGACACUUCCUGUGGUCCUGCCCGCUCUUGAUGCGCUGGAAGGCGUCCUUCGCAACCGAGAACUAUUUAACAACAUUCUAAGUGCUGCUGGUAGGGAAGCCUAUGUCGACGAAGUCCGGGUCUUAAUGCUAGAAUGUCAAGCGGCAAUGCGACGGUUGUUCACGGAGCGCUUUGAUGCCCUCAAAACCUCAAAGCUCGUCUGGAUUGCAUUUUUGGACCCACGAAUGGCAAUGUCAAUGAGCCACUUGACAGACGAAAACCGAGCAAAAGCUCACGCGGAUUUUCUCGAUGCUGCGGUUGAGCUGGCCGAGCUGCAAUCACCACCACCGCAGAGCUCUAUUUCGGCUUCGCCUGGCAAGGAAGUGGUUAGGACCAGUGUCCCUUCCGAAAGAGCAUUUUCCACCAGUGGCAACAUCAUCACUGCCAAAAGGAGAUCGUUGACGCCGGAGCUGGUGCGGGACCUAGUGUUUAUCGCUGAAAAUUCUAAACGAGCGAAGCGUGGGGGUGCCUAG